UAAAGGAGCGGACUUGCGGUUGAACCUUUUGAGACUACACAACUGACAAACCGCUUGAAAACAUACACAGGAUACGAGUAUAGCAUUUAUAUUUCUCGCCGGAUAAUUUGCACAAUGUCAACACCUGAAGCCCAGGAAAAGAUGCAAGAUGAAGUGGAGAGAGCGACCAAAAAGGAUUGUGGAGGUGCCGGAAUAACUUCCACCAGCAAAGAUAAAGCGGAGGCCAUGAUAACGCACGGAGCUGAAGAAACCAACAACAAGCGGCAAAGCCCACUACAAGAGGCAAAGGGAAAAGACUCAGGGCAACAAAUGACAAAGACGUUCCUGAAAAAACACUGUAAGAAAAAUAACCUUUACUCAACACCACACCUGAACGACGCACUGUACCUGCAUUUCAAAGGUCUAUCCGCCAUUGAGAACCUAGAGGAGUACACGGGACUGAAGUGUCUCUGGCUGGAAAGCAAUGGGCUUCGACGCAUUGAGAAUCUGGAUGCCCAGACUGAACUGCGCUCCUUGUUCCUUCAGCACAACCUCAUUUACAAGCUGGAAAACCUUGAACCACUGCGAAAGCUCUCCACCCUGAACGUCUCCAACAACUACAUACGCGUCGUUGAGAACAUCUCCUGCCUCCCUGGCCUGAGCAGUCUGCAGAUAGCCCACAACAAGCUGGAGACCGUGGGAGACGUGGAGCAUCUGAGCCGGUGUCUGGCCCUCAGCACGCUGGACAUGUCUCACAACCUGUUAAACGACCCUGAGAUCCUCUCGGUACUUGAGGCCAUGCCGGAGCUGCGCACGCUCAAUCUAAUUGGAAAUGAGGUGGUGAAAAAAAUCCCAAACUACAGGAAGACCACGAUAGUGCGUCUCAAGCAGCUCACCUACCUGGACGAUCGCCCCGUGUUCCCCAAGGACAGGGCCUGUGCAGAGGCCUGGGCAGUGGGGGGGCUGGCAGGGGAGCGCAAAGAGAGAGAGCAAUGGGACACUCGCGAGAGGAAGAAAAUUCUGGACAGUUUGGACGCCAUGGCAGAGAUUCGGAGGGCCGCCUGGGAGAGACGACGCCUCCGAGAAGAGCAGGAGACAGGGGCCGAGGCUUUCACCACUACAGAGACUACAUGUGAGGAAAACGACACCCAGCGUCUGACUUCGCCCAACGGAGAGAAGAUCCAGUCCUUUGUGAGGGACUGCCUGGAUGCCCAGGACGAGGGGUUCUUGCACAGCCGAUCCACAGAGGGAUCCUGGGAACACCAGUCCAACUGUGGGAAUCUAGAAGCAGGGCAGCCAGGUCACGGCUUCCAGAGGGAUCCGGUCGAGAAGGACGACCAGGAAAAAUCACAGAGAAUCCAGAUUGUUGGAAGUCAGGCGGUGAACACGAGCGAGUCGGCUGACAGGAAACCGCCUCCUCCGCUCAGGGCCGGUCCUCCCAAAGCUGACGGGUCGGUACCAGCACGCGGUCCCGGACCGCUGGUCACGGAGCUGGAGGACGAAGUCCAGCUGGAAACCAUCCAUCUGCCGCCGCACCGCUCGCUGCGCGUUGAUGACCUGCCCGACCUGGAGGACGCGGACACGGACACCUUCUCUCCUCAGAGAGUUCACAGAGCCCUGAUAGAGGUCAUAUCCGGAGGCAGUGAGGAGGACGGUCCAAACGGGAAUCGGGGCGAAGGCAUCCCGACCGCUGGUUCAGAUGAAAUGUCAGAGUUCUUAAUGAGCGACUGCAGUUCUCCAUCACUGGUGUAUCCAGAAGACGAGGAGGCUCUUGAGACGUCUAUUUUAGAACCAGCGGGAAAGUUCAAACCGAACCACACAUCUUCUCCACCCCGCCGCCUGAUUGAGGAGCUUGACUGACGAUUAAAAAUAAGUGAAUAUUCAGGUUUUAUUGUUUAGUUCAAUAAGGUUGGGGUUAAUUUGUUGUGUUACAAGUUUUUGUUAAAGAAUUUCAAAGCUACUUUGUUUAUAUGGUUGUUAAUUCUAACACUGGAAAACAGAAUGAAUCCUGUUUUGUUUUGUAUUAGGAUAACACAAUGUUAAGAUUAUAAUUAUCCGUUAAUCAGUUGCACAAUGACUUUACCGGGUAUCUAAAGACUAACAAGCCAAACCUGCAGUAUUUAGUUAUGAAAAAUAAACUGGGGUUGAGCAGUAAAAAUACUUAUGAGAUAAAUAUGAGGGAGAAAAAAAAACACAGGACAACACAUCGUAUGUAUGGUUUUAGUAAAUUGUUUUACAUUUCCUAAUUCAAGUCACAUAUUACUCUUUCCCCAAUGCAUAUUCAACAGGUCACAUCUGCACACUGCAGCUGCAUUUUGGUAAACUGAUUUAAUUUAUAUCUUGAUGACCUCAAUCCAAAACUCUUGAGUGACAGACAAAUAUUUACAACAAGUCAUGCUUAGCGUUGAGGAAGGAGGUUUGUAAUAAAAA